UAUGAUUACAAAUAUUGUGACGUCACUAUUUAUCUUAACUUUAAUUGAUUGGUCAAGUGGAUUUAAUUUGAAAACUGUUAACAUUGCUUUUGAACAAUUUACUAAACAAUCAACAACAUUUGAACAACAUAUUAGUAAUUUUACUGUGAAUGGAAUUUUUGAUCCUCGAUUCAAACCAAAUGUUUGUAGUCAGACAACUACUGAACAAAAUCCAUGGUUAAUUGUUCAAUUUGAAAAAGCUUAUAUUAUUCAAGCAAUGCGUUUAUUGAACAGAAAUAAUAAUCAUCAUGAAAAAUUAAAUAAUUUAUCUAUAAAAACAAAAUUAUCAAGAGAUAUUUCAAUAACAAAUUUUGAGUCAUUUCAACUUUUUAACUUUAUUGAGAAGUUUUUAGUUUCAUCUGGUUCAAAAUCUUUUAAAUGUAAAACAAAACCUCAUUAUGCAACAACUGUUCUGUUUUAUAUCAAUACUUUAAAUCCAUUAACUUUAUGUCAAAUUGAAAUGUGGAAUUUGAAAAAUUUAGCUAAACAUAAAGUAGCUACUUCUAGUAGUUUUAUUGGUAAUGGAUAUCCUCGAAAUGGUGUUGAUGAUCUGGUAUGUGCUAUAUUUAAUGUUGAUGGUAUUGCUUGUACACAUACAUCUCUAGAGAAUCUUCCAUGGUGGAAAGUCGAUUUAGCCAAUGAAACUAUUGUUUAUGCAAUUUCAAUGAUUGGAGAUCUUGAACGUCCCGGUAGAUCAAUGAAUGCCUAUAUAAGUGUUACAGAAAAUUCUACUAUUCCAGUAUUAAAUAUGCCUAUAUUGUGUGCAAGUUUUAACGAUAUUUUACCUAAUUAUUCAACAGUAAGAUGUCCAAAAUUGACAAUUGGACGUUAUGUAUCAAUCAUCCUCAACGCAAAUACAGUCCUCACUGUAUGUGAAGUUGAUGUUUUUGGUGCAAAUACUAAUGAUAUUAUCAUGAUUUAUUCAAUUUUUGUAAAUGGUACUGACUACCAUCAUCUUAAUACUCGAUUUGUAAAGGAUUGUAAUGGACAUAUAAAAGCUACUACAAAUAUAUUAAAAGAGAACAUCAAUCAUUUUAGGAUUGAAAUCAAAGGUGUUGGAAUUGAAAAUAUAUGCCAAAAAUAUAAUAUUAUGCCAGUGACAACUUUCCAAAUUGGAGAUAGAAAAUAUGACGAAUUUUGUAAACUAACCAAUGUAAACAAUGGUUAUUUUAUAGAAAGAGAUAUGUAUGAUAAAUGUUCAUAUUCAUGCACUUGUAAAAGUCAUCUUUGUCAUUCUAUCUCUCUGUAUGAUAUCUCAAAAUUCGAAUCACUUGUCAAAGAAAUAUUUGUGUUUCUAUACCCUAACUAA